AUGGCUCCCGGAGGCGACUCUAAUCCCGCCUCUUAUAUUCACACGGUGCAGCACCUGAUAGAGAGGUGCAUGACGUUCGGGAUGAGCAUGGAGGAGUGCAUGGAGGCGCUGGCCAAGCGCGCCGACGUCCAGCCCGUCGUCACCUCCACAGUGUGGAAGGAGCUGGAGAAGGAGAACAAGGAGUUCUUCGACAAGUACAAGCAGUGGAUAUCCGAGAAGAGAAGCACAAGCACCUCCUAG